AUGUACAUGAAGCAGAGCACUAGAGGCAUCGAAGGCUACCGGCAACGCUCACCUGAAAUCAGACGUGUUCCCCAGGGAGAAGAGAUCAACCCAGAUGCCCAGCAGAUUACCCCAUUGCACUCACUGCAGUUGCUAAAUUGGAACGUGACGGACCAGGAGCGAGUAGAGAGGGUGGACAAUCGUUCGCAGCGGCACCCGGGGUGCGUUCGGCUCUCUCAAGGGAAGGAGGGGGUUACGCGGGACGGGUCAAUGUCGCUGACAACGCGAGAACCGUCAACUUCACGGGUCGACCCCGUGGCGGUGAAACGGAUAACCCCGUUCGUGAGGCCUCCUAUCAACCCAGAGCAGCUGCCUCCAGAUUACCUCGCUCUUCUGUCUUUGACCUUUGGGGUGGCUGGACUCAUGUUGAAGUCAACAUGGGCAUCGUGGGCUAGCGUGUUCUGCUGCAUGUCCAGCCUAGGAAACAUCAAGGUCCACGAGGCCGACCCGAAGCAAAUAGGUUGCUCCGUUCUGUUUGCCUGUAUGGGCUUGUUCAUGAACUACUUCGGUCCGGCCAGUCGACCAAUUGUGUAGUGCAGGUGCUUAGCUGGCUGCCGGGUCGGGUAUUGCACUCAGAGCACAGCAGUGGCGGGGAUUCUAGUCGGAGCGAAACACCGACGAUCACAUCAUUAGGCCCUUGACGGCGAGUCGCCUCAACACGGGGCGGCCAUCUUCGAAUCUCCGAAAUCUCCGAAACGAAACUUCUUCUCCACAAAGGGUUUCUGUUUGACUUUGAUUGCCUAUU